CUGGGAUUCCUGUGAGAACAAGAAGUUUGUUUUGAGAAAGUUAAAGACAAGGUUCCCUGCAUGGACUAAGAGAGGAGCAAGUGGAAACACCUGGAAGCAAAGCCGGACAGCUUGCACUGUAUCCUGCUCUCAGUUAUCCACUGGAUCCCAUUCAUGUGACCCCGGCAGCCAGAUCUUGCUUCUAGGAUGCUUCCAGGCACAUCCAGCCUCUUGCUGUGUCUUUGGACCAAAGUGGUAUCUUCUACAUGGUACGAAGUAGGAUCUGGCUAUGCUGCUGCAGAAAGGCGGACCAACGAAGUAUACAUUGAGGAAACUCCCCAGGUUUCUCUCCCAGAGUACCGAGUGCCCCAGUGGUGCCACCGAUUAAAUAUUUACCAUGGGGAGGCUACCUGCUACUCUCCCCGUGGAGGAAAUUACCUCAGCAGCAUGGGGACACGCUGCGAACUCUCCUGCAACCGGGGAUACCGUUUAAUCGGGCAGAGGUCCAUUCAGUGUUUGCCAAACCGCCGUUGGUCUGGGAUCACCUAUUGCAGACAGAUCCGAUGCCAUACUUUGCCAUCACUAUACCGUGGUUCAUACCAGUGCUCAGCUGGGGUGAAGCUUGACUCCCAGUGCUCCUACACCUGCCAGCCUGGAUACUACCUGGAGGGGGAUCGUAGGCGCAUGUGCCUAGAUGAUGGGCACUGGAGUGGCAGUGACCCAAUCUGUGUAGAUAUAGAGCCUCCAAAACUCAGGUGUCCUGAGUCACGAGAACGGAUAGCAGAGCCUGACAAGCUGACUACCACGGUGUACUGGGAUCCCGCACGGGCUACAGAUACUGCUGACGGCAUCAUCAAACACGUGACACUUCACGGCCCAGAGCCAGGCUCUGAGUUUCCUGAAGGGGAACAUGUGAUCCGCUACACUGUCUAUGACCAGGCAUACAACCGAGCCACCUGCAAGUUUGCUGUGAGGGUCCAAGUGAUCCGCUGUCCUGUUCUGAAGCCACCAGAGCAUGGUUACCUCAGCUGUACCUCAGCAGGCAACAACUACGGAGCAACUUGCGAGUACCAUUGCGACGGCGGCUACGAACGGCAGGGUGCCCACCUGCGGGUCUGUCAGUCCACUCGCCAGUGGUCAGGCUCUCAGCCUAGGUGCACACCCAUGCAGAUCAAUGUGGAUGUGAACUCCGUAGCCAGCCUCAUGGACCAGUUCUAUGACAAGCGCCGGCUGCUCAUCGUUUCUGCCCCCGACCCCUCCGAUCGGUACUACAAGAUGCAGAAUUCCAUGUUGCAGCAAGCCACCUGUGGGCUGGAUUUGCGUCACAUCACCAUCAUUGAGCUAGUGGGGCUGCCACCCCAUGAGGUGGGGCGGAUCCACGAACACCGGCUGUCAGACAACAUCAUUGAAGGCCUCAGGCAGUUCUUGCACAUCACCCGUUCGCGCUUCAACAUGGUGUUUGUUGGCAAAGAUGGUGUGGACCGGGACCGCUAUAUCCAGCCUGUUACUCCUGAAGAGCUCUUUUCCUUUGUCGAUACCUACCUGCUGAGCAGCCAGGAACAGCUGCAGAGGGAGCAGAACAGGGACAUGUGCGAGUGAAGGUAGCCGUGCCACCUGCAAGGGCCUCCGUCUCCCUCAAAUGUUAAAGAGACACCUGGGCCUUCCCCUUUCAGCAUGGGGACUUGACUGCGGAGGAAAGAAGAAGAAUGGCCAGUUUGGAACCUUCAGGCAGAGCUCGGGUUGCUGCUCCAGUGUUCUGUUACCACAACAGACAGCUAUAGAAUUAGGGCUGCAUUCACACGAUCAAAGGCAAAAUCAUUAAUGCGCCUUGUAGAGAUUGUACAAGAGCGUACACCUGAUUUCUGUACUGUUCACCCCCUCCAUGCAGUGAUGUUGUCAAGGUCAGGCUUUGGGAAGCUCAGAACCCUGCUUGCUGGGCUCAAGAGAAGGAGAAGAGCAGGCUGCAGCUUUGCACAUGAAGUGUACAUUCCCAUGUGAAGGAUGCCCCCCCAUAAGACCAGAUUACUGCACCACUGACCCCUUGUGCAGGGUGUGCAUUCCCCCAGGGGAUCCAGUCCCUAGAGAAUAUCCAAAAACUCUCCUCUGUUUUCUCACUCUCAUGUUGUCCUUGGCCAGUACAGGAAGCUCCAUUCUGGUUCCGUUCGUGUAAACUGGUUUUUUUAUGAGUAGAGACGCCUACAGAGUAUGUGCUUUUGCUCUCUGCUCUGUUUUAACAUCUUUGCUCACUGAAAACAGUUACCCAACACUGAGAACUAAAACAGAACGGUUUAUACAAAUGUGAUGACCUAGGUCUUUUUCUUAACUCCAUUGUACAAAAUGGUACAGCCACAAUGCUAACUGCUAAAGUUCUAGGUUCUAACACAAAGCACCAGGAGGAAAGCCAGAAUCUUGAAGACAGAAGGCUCGAACUUCUUACCAAUAAAGCAA